GGGCGGGGGCCGAGAGGGGGCAUUGUGUCGGCCAGCCGUGCGCGAACGUCCGCUCGCUGUGGGGCCGGGGCUGAGGUGUCAGCGCCGCUGCGGCCGGGGCGAGAGGCGGACGAGCAGGAGCGCGCAAGCGGCCGCGGGUGCCGGCGGGGGCGGCGGGAGCACCAUGCGGAUCGGCGCCCAGCGCCCUGCAGACCCCUCGCGAGGCAGAGAGGCCGGGGCGGCGCCGGGGCGGCGGGGAGCAUGAGGACGGCCGGGGACCGGCUGGGUUCGGAGCUCUGCUAGGAAGCGGCGUGCGCUGAGCACUAACCGGGACGCGGCGGAGGGCGGGAGCCAAGCGCCCGGGGCUGUGGGCAUUUUGGACGCGGACGCAAGGGGCCCGGAGCCAGCCGGGGCUCCGGCACGCAGCCGACAUGGGCAACGCGGGGAGCAUGGACUCGCAGCAGACCGAUUUCAAGGCGCACAACGUGCCAUUGAAGCUGCCGAUGCCCGAGCCAGGUGAACUGGAGGAGCGCUUUGCCAUCGUGCUGAAUGCUAUGAACCUACCUCCUGACAAAGCCAGGCUACUGCGGCAGUAUGACAAUGAGAAAAAAUGGGAGCUGAUCUGUGAUCAGGAGCGAUUCCAGGUGAAGAACCCUCCCCAUACGUACAUACAGAAGCUCAAAGGCUACCUGGACCCAGCUGUAACCAGGAAGAAAUUCAGAAGGCGUGUUCAAGAAUCUACACAAGUGCUAAGAGAACUGGAAAUUUCAUUAAGAACCAACCACAUUGGAUGGGUCAGAGAGUUUUUGAAUGAAGAAAACAAAGGCCUUGAUGUUCUUGUGGAGUAUUUGUCUUUUGCACAGUAUGCAGUCACUUUUGACUUUGAAAGUGUGGAAAGUACCAUGGAGAGUACGGUGGACAAAUCAAAGCCCUGGAGCAGGUCCAUCGAGGACCUGCACAGAGGGAGCAACCUGCCCUCACCUGUGGGCAACAGUGUGUCCCGCUCUGGAAGACAUUCUGCACUUCGAUAUAAUACUUUGCCAAGCAGAAGAACCCUGAAAAAUUCAAGAUUAGUGAGUAAGAAGGAUGAUGUUCACGUUUGUAUCAUGUGUUUACGAGCCAUCAUGAAUUACCAGUAUGGCUUCAACAUGGUCAUGUCUCAUCCACACGCCGUCAAUGAGAUUGCACUAAGUCUGAACAACAAAAAUCCCAGAACAAAAGCUCUUGUCUUGGAGCUGUUGGCAGCCGUUUGUCUUGUCAGAGGCGGGCAUGAAAUAAUUUUAUCAGCUUUUGAUAACUUCAAGGAGGUCUGCGGAGAAAAGCAGCGUUUUGAGAAGCUGAUGGAACAUUUCAGGAAUGAAGAUAAUAACAUAGAUUUUAUGGUGGCCUCUAUGCAGUUUAUUAACAUUGUAGUCCAUUCAGUAGAAGACAUGAACUUCAGAGUUCAUCUACAAUAUGAAUUCACCAAAUUAGGCCUGGAUGAAUACUUGGAUAAGCUGAAACACACAGAGAGCGACAAGCUGCAAGUACAGAUUCAGGCUUACCUGGACAAUGUGUUUGAUGUGGGAGCUCUGUUGGAAGACGCAGAAACCAAGAAUGCUGCCUUGGAGCGGGUGGAGGAGCUGGAAGAAAACAUCUCUCAUUUGUCUGAAAAGCUGCAGGACACGGAGAACGAAGCCAUGUCCAAGAUCGUGGAACUGGAAAAGCAACUUAUGCAGAGGAAUAAGGAACUGGAUGUUGUCCGGGAAAUCUACAAAGAUGCAAAUACCCAAGUUCACACGUUAAGAAAAAUGGUCAAAGAAAAGGAAGAAGCCAUUCAAAGACAGUCUACCCUGGAAAAAAAGAUUCACGAACUGGAGAAACAAGGGACCAUUAAAAUUCAGAAGAAAGGGGAUGGGGACAUUGCCAUACUGCCAGUCAUGGCCUCUGGCACGUUGUCCACGGGGUCAGAACUAGCAGUGGGUAACUAUGUGGGAUCAGUUCCAGGGGCCACCACCUCAGGACCCUCAGUCCCUCCUCCCCCACCACUACCUCCAUCAUCAGACACAUCUGAAGCAGCACAAAAUGGAACAGCAUCGCCACCUAUGUCCCCACCUCCUCCCCCACCCCCUCCACCCCCUCCCCCACCCCCUCCACCCCCUCCACUCCCAGGCCCUGCAGCUGAGACUUCACCAGCUCCUCCUCUGCCACCACCCCCACCUCCCUCUGCACCCCCGCUGCCUGGGACUUCUUCACCUACAGUGGUUUUCAACUCAGGAUUAGCAGAUGGGCCAAUCAAGCUUUUCUCUGUGAAAAUUAAGAAGCCAAUCAAGACGAAGUUCCGAAUGCCAGUGUUUAACUGGGUCGCCCUGAAGCCCAAUCAGAUCAACGGCACAGUCUUCAAUGAAAUCGAUGAUGAGCGGAUCCUAGAGGACUUAAAUGUGGACGAAUUUGAAGAAAUAUUCAAGACAAAAGCCCAAGGUCCUGCCAUUGAUCUUUCUUCAAGCAAGCAGAAAAUAACACAGAAGGCAUCAAGUAAAGUGACAUUAUUAGAAGCAAAUCGAGCCAAAAAUCUUGCCAUAACUUUAAGGAAAGCUGGGAAGUCUGCGGAUGAGAUAUGUAAAGCUAUUCAUGUGUUUGACUUGAAGACGCUACCGGUUGACUUUGUUGAGUGUUUGAUGAGGUUCUUGCCAACUGAGAAUGAGGUCAAAGUGCUUCGGCUGUAUGAGCGAGAGAGGAAGCCCUUGGAGAACUUGUCAGACGAGGACCGUUUCAUGAUGCAGUUCAGUAAGAUUGAGCGGCUGCUGCAGAAGAUGACCAUCAUGGCCUUCAUUGGGAACUUCACAGAGAGCAUUCAGAUGCUGACUCCUCAACUUCACGCAAUUAUAGCAGCAUCCGUCUCUAUCAAGUCAUCUCAAAAGCUCAAGAAGAUUCUGGAGAUCAUCUUGGCCCUUGGAAACUAUAUGAAUAGCAGCAAACGAGGAGCAGUCUAUGGAUUUAAACUUCAGAGUUUAGAUCUGCUCUUAGAUACAAAGUCGACAGACCGAAAGCAAACACUGUUGCACUAUAUAUCAAAUGUGGUAAAAGAAAAAUAUCAACAAGUUACUCUGUUUUAUAAUGAGCUUCAUUACGUGGAAAAAGCUGCUGCAGUCUCCCUGGAGAACGUUCUGCUGGAUGUGAAGGAGCUGCAGAGGGGGAUGGAUUUAACCAAGAGAGAGUAUACCAUGCAUGACCACAACACCCUGCUGAAAGAGUUCCUCCUUCACAACGAGGGCAAGCUGAAGAAACUGCAGGAGGACGCGAAGAUUGCUCAGGAUGCCUUUGAUGAUGUGGUGAAAUAUUUUGGCGAAAAUCCCAAGACAACUCCACCCUCCGUGUUCUUCCCUGUCUUUGUUCGAUUUGUGAAAGCCUACAAGCAAGCAGAAGAGGAAAAUGAGCUGAGGAAAAAGCAGGAACAAGCUCUUAUGGAAAAACUGCUAGAGCAAGAAGCCCUGAUGGAGCAGCAGGAUGCAAAGUCUCCUUCCCAUAAAUCAAAGAGGCAGCAGCAAGAGUUAAUUGCGGAAUUAAGAAGGCGACAAGUUAAAGAUAACAGACAUGUAUACGAGGGAAAAGAUGGCGCCAUUGAAGACAUUAUCACAGUGCUGAAGACUGUGCCCUUUACCGCUCGCACCGCCAAGCGUGGCUCUCGGUUUUUCUGCGAACCUGUUCUCACUGAAGAAUACCAUUACUAAACUAUUGCUCUUUGUCACCUGAUACUAUUAAAAGAUCUUAGAAACCAACCCUACAGACGAGCCGAUGCGGUGAGACGAAGUGUGAGACGGCGCUUCGAUGAUCAGAACCUGCGUUCUGUUAAUGGUGCCGAAAUAACAAUGUGACUGGAGACCACCUUCAUGAGAGGGUGUCCAAGAAACUGCCAUUCCAGCCUUCACUACAGAUGAAAUACUCUCAAGGGCUCAGAUUUAACAAACACAUAGGAAUUUUAAAGUGAUGGGUUCUCUUUUUAACCCCUGUUAACAAGUGCCUAAAAUUGGAAGUAACUUGCUCAGAUUAAUCAAAGCAAUAGGUUUGACUUAAAUCUUUUUACAUCAGUAUGUUACUCAGUUUUUUAACCAAAAUGUAAACUUCAUAUUAAAUUCAUUAUUUGCCAUUUUGAUUGUCCAUUGUGGCCCACCCUGAUUUCCUGGUAAUCUGUAAAUAACGGAUGUGUGUGCUAUGGGUAUCCUUUGCUGAGAGGUCUUCUAAGAAAUUUUGUGUUCGAGCCAUAUUCACCAACUCCUAACAAGGGACUGGAAACGGGAGAUGGAAGCUGGCAUACAAUUACAUCCUUCUUUAGUCUCAGCAAAGUACAAGCAGGAUGCAACUGCAGUGCCACUCCAAGUCAUUCGAUUUUAUCCUAUUUCAUGUUGUUUCUGUGCAAGGCUGCCAUGCACAAAGGCAUUCACUUGUAUGACUUCAAGAUGGCAUAAAACAUUGAAGACUUAUUUGCAGAACUGUGUUAAGCUAGAGGCAGCUUUUAAUAACGCAAAGGUUUCUUAAUUAGCACUAAAAUUAAUGUCUCAGUAUUCUGAUUUUUGAGGACCAUUAUGGGUGAAUCCUUAAAAUAGAAAUUGGUGCCUUGUUAGUCAGGGAGAUUUUUACCACAAGCUCUAUCAGUAAGCAUUCAAAAAUUACAUGUAUUAAUGUAAUGUUGGGAACCUGGCCUUAUUCUCUUCUGACAAUCGAAGGGUCCUUUUUUUUUUUUCUUCCCUUUGUAAAUUAUACUGAUACAGUUGACAUUAAGUUAUCAGGGCUGAAUUGCUUUAUGCAUUUCUUACUUAUGGGAAAUUCCCAUUAAAUUAACAUUGAGAUUAAGUUUAAAUUAUCCGCGAUAGGGUUAAAUGGUUGACUAAGUCACUCACCUUUACUUCCUCACUGACAAGGCAUUUCCAUCUUUCCCAAAGUCAAAGACUGGACUGAAGCUAAAUUUGUACUUUUCAUAAUAUAUAUUCUGCUUCUGGCUUACCUUGUUGGUACAUCAGUAUAUUAAUUGUAAAAAUUAUUGUAUAGUAUUUAACCACCAAAUCUGUGUUCAUGUGAACCCCUUGGUGAAGGCCCCCUUUUCAUGGAUGUGUAGUUAUAUGAUCUUUAAAAUGUACAGAUAUUUUGCUAUAAGAUUGGUGCAGUUUUUUAUGGUUUUUACACUUCUCUUUAAUUCCUACCUAAGCCUUUAGGUACUACUGUAAAUAUUGUUUUAAAAUGCAUCAGCCUAUGCUACACAAUCUGAAUGUUACUUUAACUUAUAGUUUGUUUUCUGAAAUAUAUAUAUAUUUAACUACAAGGACAGUUUAAAAGUCAGUUACCACAUUUCACAGUAGUAUGCCUAUUUACAGAUCCCUUUUAAACUGCCACUUGCUGUCACACUCAUAAAUGUGUAGUUUAAAAAGAACAUGCCAAGAUUGUCGUCUUGUUGAGUCAAUAUCCAUCUUGGUGAGUAUAUUAAUUUGAUCAUGAUAUCAGAAAAAUAUGUGGACCUCCUUCACACAAAUCAGCUGCUUUCCAAAGGCGUGCAUUUGCUUAAAGCAAACUGCCCAUUUCCCAGUGUACAAAUGGACAAUAAUGUUGGCAUAUUCUUCUGUCUGUCUAGUAAUGGCCCUGCUUCUUAGCAAUAUUAGAAAUGUUUUAUAAAAGCAAUCCAUGUUACUUUUCUGGUCUUUUCAUGCCAUUUGAGCAAAUAAACUAUUUACACUACUA